AUGACUGGUCUUAAGAACGUUCCAUCGUUUCUUAUCAGUGCUGAUGAUGAUGAUGAUAACAAUAAUAAUAAUAAUCAACCAUCAGAGGUGCAAAGAGGCAGACCAGAACUACGGUUGGACCCUCCUUCAGACCCUUUUUCUGAUGACGGGGCAUCAAGUGAAUUGAUAUCUGUCGAUUUGGAGGAUGCUGUUGGCUCACCAUUGCUACAACCUGUUGCUUCAAAGGCUUCGUCAAGAUCACAAUCACCACUAUCCAAAGUUUCAAAUAGAAGAAGAAGAUCGAUAAGUUCCGAUAGAUCGGCACAAUUAUUGAAUCCUAAAUCAAGCCCCAUGAAAAGGCUCUCUACAAGUGCCAAAAGAUUAAGUUCAGAUGAAAGUAGGAGUGAUAGAUCAGACGUUUCAUUUGUUAAUGGUCUUACUGAAGAAGGUAUCGAUGAUAUAAAAGCUGAUUUAGCAUCUGCCUUGGGUACACCAACACAUGAAGGUUCUUGGUUACCAGGGACAAAAAAAUCUCCAACGUCAAGAAAUUCUUCAACUUCUAAAUUGGAUGUUUCUGAAGACGCAAUAGAGCUAACAGAAAUACCUAAAAAGACUCUGACACCUGAACCUCCGAGUAAAGGUGUUGCAUUUGCUGAUGAUGUUAGUUAUAUCUCAAAUACAAACUUGAGACCGGUUUCACCAACACCUCAACCACACUCACCAACCUCUCCUUCCAAAACUAUUGAAGAUGUCUACCAGGAAUUCACUUCAAGAAUAAAAAACGUUACGCGGCCUGAUAUAAUUAGACAAACAACAUACAAAACAAGAAAGCCACCACCUUCCCCAACCUCGCCAUUGGGACUUCAAUCAAGUGAUGAAGAUGAUGACAGUGAUUAUUUCCCCAUUCAAGGACUGGGUGUAUCUGUGGGAACUACAGAUCAAUUGAGAUUAUAUGGUAAAUCAUUAAAGAUUUUCGAGCCAACAAGUUCAAUACGGUUGAAAUUGGCUAGUAUUUUUUUGAAAACAUGGCCAUAUCAUUUGAUGAGAGUUUUAUUACUCCUUCAGACUGCUUUAUUAGCAUAUCGUCAAUGGAAUCCUUAUACAAUGCAUGGUUAUGUCAAAUUCGGUACAAUUUGGGCAGAUUGGGUUUUAGUAGGGAUCAAUUGUAUUUAUACUAUUGAGAUAGUAUCUAAAAUAAUAGCAUUUGGAUUAUGGGAUGAUUCAGAAAUGUUCAAAGCUCUAGAUAAAGACUAUUUACCUAUUUCAGAGCUACUAAGAAUUGAUAAAAUCAAAAACUUCAUACUUGGGUUAAGUGAUGAAUCUGAAGAACUAGAAAUCAAACCUGCUUUGAAACAUUCAGUUACUUUUAAGAAUAACAUUUCAAAAGAUAUUCCAAUUCAAAGAGCAUUUCUACGAAAUAGUUGGCAUAGAUUAGAUUUCACAUCUACUUUAUUCUUCUGGAUUGAUUUUUUCUUCAGUAUCCAGCGUUUCAAUGCAUUAGAAGGGAUUCCAUUAUUCAGGGCUUUAGCUUGUCUGAGAAUUCUAAGACUUAUUGAUGUCACUGAUAGAAUUGCUUUAAUCUUGAGAAGUAUUAAAAAUGGGGCACCUCAAUUAUUUGACAUGGCCUUGUUCUUGUUAUAUUUCUGGGUCCUUUUCGCUAUUAUUGGUGUUCAAAGUUUCAAAUCUUCAUUAAGAAGAACCUGUGUCUGGACAAAUCCUUCUGACCCUUCAGAAACUUAUGAUAAUGAUGACCAAUUUUGUGGUGGUUAUCUGCAGCCAAAUACGCUUAAAAAAAUGCCAUUCGUUAAUGAACAGGGUGCAUUUGGAAAGGGUACUGCUAAGGGGUUUUUAUGCCCAGUUAAUUCAAAAUGUGUCACAGGUGAAAAUCCACAUGGUGGUACAAUAGGGUUUGAUAAUAUUUUGUAUUCCAUGGAGAUGGUUUUCGUCAUCAUGAGUGCCAAUACCUUCACGGAUAUCAUGUAUGAUGUUAUGAAUACAGAUACCAUGGCAGCAUCAUUAUUUUACAUUUUCGGUAUUUUUUUCUUAUUCUUAUGGAUGAUCAAUCUUUUAAUUGCUGUUAUCAGUGCUUCUUUCAAAGCUACAAGAGACAAAGAUUUAAAACAAAAACGACAAAGUGAUAAAAACAUGACAGAUUUUAAACUAUCUUGGGACUUCCCAAAAAAUACAUUAUCCAAUAUAUACCUCAAAACGAAAUGGAUUUUCGAGUUGGUUAUUGUUGCUGGACUUGUUCUACAGGCUACCACUGAUUCCAGUACAACAAAACAUGAUAUGUAUCGUGCUUAUAUUGGGGAAUGCAUUGUCACUUUACUACUUUUAUUUGAAAUUAUUGUGAGAUUUUCUCUAUAUUUACCAAAUUAUAAAUUAUUCUUGAAAGAUAGAAGAAACUGGGUCGAUUUGUUUCUAGCAGUUUUUACAUCCAUUAUAAUCAUCCCACCUAUCCAUACAGCCUUGGGUAGAGGUUAUGAUUGGUUACGUUUCUUCCAAAUUGUUAGAUUUUAUAGAGUGGUUUUGAUGUUCAAGUUUGCUAGACAAUUGUGGGCUCAAGUUUGGAGUACAAUGUCCAUCAUUGUGAAUCUUGCCUUAUUUUUUUUUCUCCUGUUAUUUUUGUCAAGUAUCAUCCUUUCAAGAUAUUUUGAAGGAUUUGUUCCAGAAGAUGAAAUUGAAAAUGAACCCUUCUCGAUGCAAAACUUACCAAAUACUUUUGUGGCUCUCUAUACAAUCACUUCAACUGAAAAUUGGACUGAUGUCCUUUAUAGAAUGACUGAAUUUGCUCCAAAUAAAUCAGCUGGUGCCUUUGGCGCAAUGCUAAUUAUCGGUUGGUUCUUGUUAUCAAACUCCAUUGUUUUGAACAUUUUUAUUGCCAUUAUCGCUGAUAGUUUAGAAGUUUCAGAAAAUGAGAAGAGAAAAGAACAAGUGAGAAAGUUCGUUCUGGUUGAUUUUCCUGGGAAAUUGAAGAAUUUUGCUGAGAAGACUUUUCUUUCAGAGUUCAAAGCUAAAAUUUUCAAAAAUGACAAGACACCAGAAAAUCAACAACAAGUUAUGAAUUUAUUACUAAAUGGUGCUGCUAUUCAGGAAUUCUUGAAAGAUGAAUUGGAAGAAAAGAACGACGAUUCACAAGUUCAUGAAUUGCCGAAAUCUAGGAUAGCUCGAUUUUUCACAGUUAGAUAUCAUAGGCUUUUACAAUUCACUUGGAUCAAGACAUUGAUAAUUUCAUUAUUUUGGACUUCGAAGGCUGGUGAAAAUCCCUUUUACAAUAAAAAUCCACAUUUUUUGGCCUUUGAUGGUGAUUAUUCAUUACUUCCAAAGAACUUUGAGAUAGAAACUAAUAGAACAAUUGAAGCUAGAGUGAAAUUUCUACAAGAAAAUCCAGGUUUCAAUACAGCAUUUUAUAUUUUGACACCUGAUCAACCAUUGAGAAAAUUAUGUCAAAAGGUCACACCACCAAGUGUUGGUAAACGUUAUGAUGGUGUUGAACCUAAUAAAUAUUUACAUGGUAUUUUUUUGACAUUAAUUGCCGUUAGUACAAUGGCUCUGGUUAUCAUUGCAUGUUAUAGUACACCUCUUUAUAGAAAAAGAUAUGAUUUGGAUAAUGAGGUAUGGAAUUGGACAUUUGAUUUCGAAGUUGCAUUCGCUAUACUGUUUUUAGUUGAAUUUUUGAUUAAAGUUAUUGCUGAUGGUUUGAUCUUUACACCAAAUGCAUAUUUCCAAAACUCAUGGAAUUUUAUUGAUUUUAUUGUUCUUAUUUCGCUAUGGAUCAAUGUUAUUGCUAUCUGGAGAGGUGAUGAUGGUCUUUCAAGAGUUGUUAGAGGUUUGAAGGCACUUAGAGCUUUGAGAUUAUUGACUAUCAGUGACACAUCCAAAAAUAUAUUUCACAAAGUUUUAAUUGUUGGUGUCUGGAAAAUCUUAAAUGCUGCAUUCCUUUCAUUCACUUUGUUAUUACCGUUUGCUAUUUGGGGAUUAAAUUUAUUUUCUGGUAGACUGGCUGUCUGUAAUGACGGUGAUUUGGGUCGUACCGAUUGUUAUGAUGAAUACACCAAUAAAGUUUUUGACUGGAAUAUCAUCUCACCAAGAGUUUAUGAUGAUCCACCAUUAGAAUUCAAUCGAUUUGCUUCAUCUCUGUUAACAUUAUUUGAGUGCUUAUCUUUGGAAGGGUGGGUCGAUUUGUUGGUAAACAUUGUCAAUAGCACAGGAAAAGGUACACCAGCUGGUUUCUGGACUACUCCUGGUGAUGGUGCGUUUAUCAUUGCUUUCAAUUUCUUGGGUAUUAUUUUCGUGUUGGCUUUAUUCGUUUCUGUUAUUAUCAGUAACUAUUCUAAAACCACAGGUAGUGCUUUCAUGACGUUACAACAAAAAUCAUGGACUGAAGUUAAGAAGCUACUGUCACAAAAUCAUCCUCGUAAGAGACCUGAAAUGAAAAAUUUAAACGGCUUUAGAACAUUUUGCUUCAAAUAUUCUGUUGAAAGAAAUAAGUAUGUUGAAACAUUUUUACAUAUCAUUUUAUGGACUCAUAUACUGGCAAUUUUGUUGGAAAUGUAUCCAAGUCCCGCUGCAUUAGAUGGUUUCAGAUAUACGGUUUACAUUAUUUCCUCAUCUAUUUACAUGGCAUAUAUAUCAAUGAAAUUAAUUGCCAUGGGUUUCAAAACUUUUUUCAAAGUGAAAUGGAAUGUUUAUCAACUAUUUGUGUUUUUGGGUGCUUUUUCAACUUCUUUGGCUUCUUUCUUCGUCUCAAGAAGCUCAACAUUUGCAAAUAUCAAUAAACUUUUUUUGGUUGGUAUAUUUACUGUUUUAAUUCCAUCAAGUAAUAGAUUAAGUCAUUUGUUGAAAAUUGGAUCUGCUAGUAUUCCAUCAUUACUUUCCUUGAUUUUUACUUGGGGUAUCUUGUUUCUGGUAUUUGCUAUAGCAUUAAAUCAAAUUUUCGGUUUAACUAAACUAGGAGCAAACACUUCUGUGAACUUGAACUUAAGAACUGUCACAAAGUCAUUGUUAUUAUUAUUUCGUGCAAGUUUUGGUGAAGGUUGGAAUUAUACGAUGAGAGAUUUCGCUAUAGAGCAACCAUACUGUUCAGAAGGUUUGGGUUUUAGUACAACAGAUUGUGGAAGUCAAGAAUAUGCCUAUAUUUUGUUCAUUAUAUGGAACAUUUUGUCCAUGUAUAUCUUUGUUAAUAUGUUUAUCUCCUUGAUUUUCGAAAAUUUCAGUUAUGUUUAUAGUGAUAAUGGUUCUAAAAUCACUUUAAAUAGAGAGGAAAUCAGAAAAUUCAAAACAGUUUGGCAAAGGUUUGAUCCGCAUGGUACUGGUUAUAUUAGACCAGAGCAACUACCAAUAUUACUACGGUCAAUGGAAGGUUAUUUUUCAUUCAAGAUUUAUGAAGGUAAAUGGACUAUUCCAGAACUUAAAAAGAAAUGGUUUGAAUUGCCUGAAGAUGGUGCAGACCCAUAUGAUGUUUUCGUAAAUUUUGCUGAAAUUAACAAAACUUUGAAUCAAUUGGAUGUCCAAAAAGUCAGGGAAAGAACUAGAGCAUAUGAAAAAUUUAUUGAAGAAGCUUUAUUAACUAUGGAAAUUAAUGAAGAACCAGGAAUUUCAUUUUCCAGAAUUAUAUUACAAAUUCCACUGUAUUCAAGAUUUGAAGAAAGUAAUUGUUUAACAUUAAGUGAUUUCAUGGAUCGUUUAUUAGUUUCUAAAAAAGUUGAAAAAAGAUUAGAAAAUAGAAAGCAUUUAGCAGUAUUAGAGAUGAUUACAUAUCGUUGGAAAUUUAAGCAUCGUCAUGAUGCAGCAAGAAAUCGUUAUAAUAGCAGUAUGUUCAGCUCAUCAUCAUCAGGACUUAUUGAUAAUCCAUUUGAAAGACAUUCGUUAAUGACAAGAACAUCAUCUAAUCCAUUCAAGACACCGGCAAUUGUUGUUACUGAAAAUGAUAAUGAAUCUUUAAAAGCUGUAUAUAAAUCACAACCAGAAAAAUCAAAUUUACCUGAAGAAACUUUAAAUUAUAGAACUGAUGUUACACCAAAGAAGAAAAGAGCAAUUACAGGAUCGUUGGAUAUUCCUGAUGAUGUUAUCGCAACACCAGCUAUUACACCAGAUGCUAAUCAAUUUACAACUGAUAACUCAUAUUGGUCACCUCCAAAACAACAAAAUUUGGAAGUUAUGAAUGAUGAAACAUUAUAUGAUAAUAUUUCAGAUUUAUCAGAUUCAUUAAGUAGAUCAGAUUGGGGUGAUGUUAUGAGAGAAGUUCAUAGUGAACAACAAUCAAGUUUAGAUCAAGAUUUAUACAAAAGACGUAAAAAGGAAGAGGAAAAGAAAGAAGGAGAAGAGAAAUCAAAUUUUGAUUUUGAAUAUGAAAACGUGGCAGAUGAUGAAGAUGAAGAAGAUGAAGGUUAUACAACAAAUUUACCUGAGAAACCAAAAGGUUCCCCAAAUAGGCGCAUUUUAUAG